AUGGCGGCUAGAUUUUUGAGAAGAGGGUUAGACCAGUUAAAAAGUAAAGAAUUUAGGGAAUACCUAUGCAGGUAAGUAAAAUAAGUCCUCAGGAAUAAACAUGCUUUUCUAAAUAUGCCGGCGUACUAAAUUCUUAUUGUUUUUCCUCUUUAUUUUUCAGCACGGUAAGUUUCGUCUUGUUUGUUGGCAAAUAUGAGCUUAGAUUGUGACAAGUGGAUUCGUAUGACAAUUUUUCUCUAACAGUUACUCUGUUUCUUUUGUGACAUCCUCUAGCAUUUCUGGGGACCGAGUAAGUACCAUUUUAAAGUGUUCUUAUUUGUUAUGUCCAUAACUAUUUACCUUUUGAAAUAUAUAAAAAGUUGAUAGUAUUAAAACUUAUGGUAAGCUUAAAUAUUGAAAUCUUCAAUUUAUUCGAAUACCGCUAUUCGGUGUAAGGGCAGGUCACUAAUGUUAACAUAAUGGUCUUCUGUAACUCAAAAAAUACCUCCAACAGCUAAAAUGAUUAUAUUUCUAAUAUUUUUGAGCAACAGAUUUGAGAUUAAGUAAAAAAUGCACUCCCCAUCAAUAAUUUGGUCGACCGAUGUAUCCACCAGCAAUAUUCAGGGCUCAGUUUGCCAACACACUGUCAAAAUGGAAAGUUACAUCUGUCUUUUGAAGGCUUCUUGGCAGAAUCAGUAGAACAUUAACCGAAAACACUGCUAUUGUCUUAAAGCAUCUGCAUAUGAUUCAAGGUUUGGCUGCAUGAUAUUUAACAAUAAUUAUUCCUUGAGCCCGAAUGGGCUAUUGACUCAGAGGCCAUGAGAGUGAGAGGAAUAAUUGUUUUAGUAAAAUCCAACUAGUUGGUCAAAAAUCUUGAGACAAAACAACUUAAGCUAGCAAAAUGCAAUUCAGCCAUUAUUGUUUUGGUUUUCAAAGCCGGCGCUUUUCGCUACUAGUGGGCUACAACAUAUAGCCUAGUAGUAGCUCAACCAAUCAGAAUGCAGAAUGGUGGAUUUUACAAGAAACACAAGCAGAUAAGCAUGGGAUGAAGGCGGGCAAAACUUUUAGAGACCUUGUGCAUGCAUUUCUUCAUUGCUUUUCAAGCCACAACUUACGUAGCAAAAUCAAGAGCUACUGACAUGAAUUGACGUAUGUUUUGGUUACUCAAUCAAAUUUUUGUCGAUUGAGGAUUUCAAUAAAAAUUAAUUAAGUGGAGGUGAUUCUAAUACUACUAUGAUCUACAAUGUAUAUGUUGUAGUUGAUUUUUUUAUUUCAGUUAAUUUUUAUUUUUCCAUUGUUUUGGGGUAUGGUAAUGUGCUCUGAUGAAUUUAAAACAAAGGAAAAACAAAAAUUAACCAAAAAAAAUGAAAAAUUAACUGCAACAUAUAAAUUAUGUUAUCAGAGGAGCCUCCUUUCAUAUUUUUUAAGUAUUCAGAACAGAUAACUGUACAAACCACUAUAAAUUUUAAUGUUAAUUUCUUUUUACUUAUGAACUAUUUAAAACAAGAUAAAUCAGAAUAAUAGAAACAACAAUCAUGAAGUAGUGUCGUCGGGACGUGAAGUCAUAUUAAGAGUAGCACUAUUACAUAAAAAGGCAGAUGUUAACUGAAAUGAAAAAUUGCACAUUAAAAUGCACUACUUGAUUGUGCAAUCAACGAAAUCUGCUGCAGAUGGGGCAAGUGGGGCAGAUGGGGCAAGUGUCCCAACCCCCAGAAAUUUACCACCCGUGGCAAAAAAAUUGCCAUGGGCCAAGAGGUUAGCACGUGGGGGUUGAGGGCAUGGGCGCAGCUGGAAUUGACUGAUGCAUUAAGUUAAAGCGGAAUUUUGUUUGUUUUUUAUGCAUAAUUGCACAUCAAGGUGUAAUGUAUAAAAGUACAGUUAUAUAAACAGGGUCCAAAAUUGUGACCAGCUGGUCACCAGCACAACUGAAAAUUUAGUGCUGGUGACCAGAAUUUCAAUGCUAGUCACUAGCAGGCAGCCAACUUUCAGUGCCUUGUCAAUGUUUUGAACCGCAGCACUCAAGGAAUCAAUUACGUUUUAAAUGGAAAAAUAUUGCAUUUGAUUUCCAGAAGAAACUUACCCCUUGUCUUGUCAAAGUGUUUAAUCUCCAUAGAAAACAAUUCACGGUACGAAAAAACAAAAAGCAUUGACUGUUUACAUGCAAACGAAAUUACCAAAGGUGGGAGACUGGUACGAAAAAUUUUGUUCCGAAGUGACCUGGUACAAGUAACAUGGCGGUUAGCUUAGCGGUGCGUAAGUAAUUGGAAAGGCAGUUGUGUUAUAAUGUUCAGUCUUCAAACCGUAAGAGAGCUAUAUAUUUAAGGAAAAGUCCUUUUCAACUAAGACAUCUAAGCUACAUGUAUACAAUCAUAAUAAUGCCUUUUUGUACGUGGCAGUCUCACUUUGCAUUCGUUCACAAGUAUUAAAGAUAAUGUUUUAAGUGUGUUUCCCUGUUAAGCAAAAAUUUUACGCGCACAUGUUGGUGACUAGAAUGUUCCAUCUGGCAACUGAAAAAAAGCCUCUUGUCACCUGGAUAAAAAAGUUAGUUUUGGACCCUGAUAAAAAUAAAGACCAUUGUAUGCCAUGUGCUUUGUCUGACUCAAGCAUUUUGGCAUUAUUUGCCAGCAAUGCAAAGAGCAGCGCUGUCACUAAGGUUUCAAGUUGCCAGGUAUAUACCGUCUAUAGAGGAAAUGCUAUGUGUUGUAUUUUCCUUUUGGUUCCUCUCAAAGUGGCCAGGGGUCAUGUACAUAGUAGCUGGGGGAAAUCCCUGGUCCUUGGACGUUAAAGACAAGACAGCCCUGAAAGAGGGCUUUUGCAUUAUAAGAUCUGUCAGUGAUUGCGAAUCAUUGCAAGGUGAUACCCUGUAGAUGCUAGGAUUUAUUUUUCUUACCAUCAGCGUAAGCAACCAGUAUCACCGAGAUCUCUCUGCAUUGCUAUUGUGCAUUCCCUCCUCGAUUAUGCCUCUGAAAUCUUGAACCUGAGUCCUGGCGAGAGAGGGGGGGCUCCCCUGUAAAAGUGACUGGGAUGCUUGUCAGAACAUUCAAAUUAAACCCCUAAGGGAGACCAAUGUUGGUGUGGCUGAAGCUUGAGUUGACCCCUAAGGGAGAUUUCUGUGUGGUCAGUGUCAGAGCAUUUUUUGUAAAUUUCUUAUACAAAUUACUAAGCGAUAUCUGAAUGGGCAAAUAUAGUGACUUUCCAUCCCAAACACCGUAAAUGAGACGGAAAUCUGUAAUUAACACCCUUAAGCAUGACAAAGAGCAUCCCCAUCACUUUUAUACGGGAUACCCCCACCACCCUCUGGCCUGAGUCCGUCUCUAUGAAAAGGCUAGUAGAGAGAGUUCAGAAAAUAAUGUGCGACAAGGGUUAUCCUACAUGACCUAGGUUACAAGUGGCUUAAAGGAUGAGAUCUACAGACUCAAUUGUGGACUCAUUUGUCUGACCUAUUUUUGGUUCAGCUCAUAUAAGGGAUUAAGUAAUAAACAGAUAUUCCAUUCUUUUUCAGUAGAAGAACCAAAUUUUUUAAGGGAACAUUAUUACAAAUUUUGUAAUAGAAUUCCUCAUUUAUGGAAGUUACUCAAGAAGCAUAGAACUGAAGACCUAAGCCUGUCAAGUUCCAAAAACAUUGCAGAGAGUAUCACAAGAAUACAAUCUCAAAUGUUACUUGAUCAGAGCUUACAUGUAAAACAGUGUUUAUUAUUACAGUAGUGGUAUUAUCAUUUUUAAAAUUUUAUUUUUUAUCAUAAUAAACUGUAUAAUUAAACAAGACUUACCUGUAAGUUGAAGUUUGAUUGGGAUUCUAUCUCUUGAUAUGGGAAGGCUGGAAGAUCAUUUUGCAUGGGAUCUUACUGCCCUUGGGUCAUGUAAUAGAAUUAACAGAUUCAAUGUGUUCCUUUUUUCUGACAACUUCUUUUUCUUUCUUCUCACACUUUGUCAGUUAUUUUUUAAAUUAGGAGGACUAGCACGCAUGGUUAUUACAAUGUACAUUCCUUAGUAGUCUUUCACUGCUUCUCUCUUGUGUUUGUUUGCCGUUAAUAACAGAUUGAAUUAUAUUAAAACUAAAUAAGAAUAAUGAAACAGUAGUAGUGGUAUGUAGCUGCAGAAGCACAGUCAGAUUUCUUUACAAAAGUUACAAACCAAGCACCAUUUGCAGUACACGCUAGCAAUUAACCUUACACCAAUCUUUUCUGAUUUUUCAUUAUGCUCCUUGUCUAGACAAUGAGGCCAUACACUUCAAGUACACAUCAUGAACAAAUUUGUGUAUUUUACUUUAUUGUAGUUGCCAACUGGGGUCUUCCUCUUGCGGCAAUGUCUGACAUGAAGAGGGAUCCUGAGUACAUCAGUGGUAAAAUGACAACAGGUGAGGAUGGUCAUGUAAUUAGGCAAUAUCGUAAUCCCUACCCUUUACCUGGACAUGUUUGUACAUGUAGUCCAUCACAGGGGUCUCCCAACAGUACAGCUUGCAAAGCAAGUCCUGUCUGAUAGCCGAGGGCUAGUGGAUUUUGUGUUCAGGCUAGUAAUUUUGUUCUUAUAAACUUGCUUUAUAAUAAUGGGCAAGCUAAGUAUUUGAGGGAAUCCAAAUUACAGAAUUACUGUAAGACAAAUAUUAUUGUUUAAAUUUCAAUUUACUAUACCAUUAAAUACAUGAAAAUCGAAAGCUGUUUUUCAAGCUGAUCUGAUGAAGUAAAGUUAUCAUUACAAAUUAUGUAUUAAUAAAUCAAUCAAUUGAUAAUGAUAACUUAAUUGUUAAUUCUGAUCCAAACCUUUUGGGGAGCUAGUAAAAAUGACUCUGGGGCUUAGUAUAUGCUAGCUACUGCUUGCCCAUAGGGCAGCUGUAAAACUGACUUUCUUUGCACUGCAUUUUUCUCACAGCCAUUUACACACCAAGGUUGCUAGACAUAGUGUGAAACAAAGCUUUUUCAUUGCACAAUGAAUGGCACACCCAUUUUUGAAACCAGAUGUUAAAGUAGUAACUUAUCAUGACUUAUCAGGCUUUCAAAACUUCACUUCUGUUUUUGUUGUUGUUGUUGUUGCUUUUAUCAUAUUAAUUUUGAGAUUGACUGUUGUUUCUCUUUAUUUGCCAGCUCUUUGCAUCUAUUCAAUGCUGUUUAUGAGGUUUGCAUGGCGAGUUCAACCUAGGAACAUGCUUCUCUUUGCUUGUCACUUUAGCAAUGAGGUCUGCCAGCUGAUUCAGUUAGGACGAUUUACCAAAUAUAGGUGGGGAUUGUAAUACAUAGUGUAUAGUAUAGUUAGAUUGGACAAAAUCUUGUUUUCAUUUUGUUUUUGAUGACAACAACUUAUAUUUUUUCCAGUUAAAGCAGGCUCAACUAGCAUUAAUUGAACUCCUGCUUUUAAUUAUUGAAAACUAAUAUCAUAGCAGGCUUUAAGGUAAAUGCAUAACAAUAAAAUGAUUAUCAGAUAAUAAAACAAUAUUAUUCAAAUGCUUUUCUGUAGAACACCUAGAAGGUAUUAUUAAGAGAUUUUAAUGUUCAUGAUGAAAUGAUUAUUAAAGAGACAGUCUGAGUUAGAUCAAAGUGAAUAUGGGACUUCAACAGUAGUUAUCAGAAUUUUACAUUUAACAGUGGUUCUUUUUGAUUUAUGUUUUAAAUUCUGAUUUAUUUUAUAUGAAGCUGUAUAAGAUCUUGCAGGAGUCGCAAAAGACUCUUAGAUUUCUGUCUUUGUUUUCCUGGGGCGAGGGAUGUUCUUUGUGGAACUCCUCUUGUUUAUAACUUUAUUUCCAUUAAAAUUUUUCAAGCUACAUGUAAGUGUAAUCCAAACCCAGUUAAAUUCUUUUCAUCCAGGAGGUUUGAAUAAUCAGGAUUUUAAUUAGUAUGCUACACAGCUGUUUUUAGUGUCGUCACGCAACGCUCCUCCCCACUAACGGCUGCUGAAAACCGAACUACAUUCCUUUCCCGUGAUUAGCCAAUUAUAAUUCAGCUCCCGUUUUCUGGAAAGUGUUCGCGCCAUGUUGCGGUACUGUGACUCCUCCAAUCACAGCUUUGCUUUUAUCGGUGCCCCGUGUGUGAAUGACAGAAUAAUCAAAACGUCGCGUGAAAACAAGCAAUUAACUAGAGUAGUGUUGUCGUAGUCGAGUCCUAUUUAAAAUUUAGGAGAUAAGCACCAGUAGCAAGCAAGUCGAGCAAAUUGCGAUGCACAACAUGGAUGUGCUCAUAAAGUUGCCAGGUAUAGUUCGGGAAAUCGCUCAUCGAUAAUUUAAAAGAUUGCUUUUUGAAUCAGUACCCUUGAGAGUUCACAGGAACACAAUGAGCACAUCCGGCACAUUUAAAUUCUUCAUCACAUAUCAGUACAUAUGCACAUUAAAUGAAGAACCAACCGAUCCUGGUAAAAGUCUUCUAGGCCUAUCAAACCUUUCUUUCACUUGGAACUUUCUUGACCGCUUAAAACAAACUUUUUUGUAAAUUUACCUUUUCGUUGCUUGAAAACACAGAGCCCGUCUAAAUUCAGCGACGAUUGAUUGAUUUGUCGAAAACUGAGAAGCGUGCUCGCUUCCUAGCGCCCCACGGCUCACGUAUUGUCAAACUUCUUGUGCAUGAUUGGCUUGUUCGUUAGACCACAAACACAAAGGGAAAGGAAUGUAGUUCGGUUUUCAGCAACCGUUUGUGGGGAGGAGCAUUGCGUGACGACACUAAAAAUGGCUGUGUAGCAGACUAGAUUUUAAUAGCCCACUAAUCCAAUUUUUACCAUAUCAAUGAACUGAAAUGAAACCAUCUCAAAUUUUGAGAAAGAUGUUAUUCAGUCAGUCAGUGACACAGGCGGUUCAAAAGAAAAAAACUCCAAGUACUCCCAGUAGGAGACAAACCUAUGACCUUCUGAUUACCAGUCCAGAUGCUCUACCACUGAGCUAUAGGAGACUCAAGGGAUUUAAGGCCACUAAACUAGGUAACUCUACUUUCUUUAGCGAGCAAACAUUCCAUUUUGGGUGUUUGAUAUUAAAUUAUCUGCAUGGUCGUCCAUAAGUUUUUCUUUGGGUUGGCCAGUCAUGUUUCCUUUUUAUGCACGACUUGUACAGCUUUGACAUGAUUGCGGAAUAUUGCUCUCAUUUUAAUGUUAUUAAAAUUUGUUUUUAGGCUGGGAGGCGGGCCACAGACCCGGCCAAGUGUGGAGGUGUACCCAUCAAGUUAAAUAUGCAGCACACUGUCAUCCUCUUGAGAAUUUUGCUGUGUAUCAUAAUUUUAUUAUAAUAAUCAUUAAUAAUGAAUUGAAUAACGCAUGUGGCCAGAAUUGCCAAAUUAGAGCUUGGAUACUCUUGUGACAAAACAAUGUCUACACUCAAAAUUCACAUGGAUGGAGACAAAAAGCAACUAUGUCAUGGCAGUCAAGUCCACUUUGUGUAUGUGUGCUAUUUUAUCACAUGAAGGAUUAAGGCAGCCAAAUGUGACAUUAUUGCUUAACCCUUUAAGCCCCAAUAUCCACAUACAAAUUCUCCAAACUGGUCUCUAUACAUUUCCUUUAAGAAUUAGUUGAGAGAAUUUGAUAAAAGAUCAAAGCAUUUUCUCUUUGGUGAGCAUUGUAUUAACUCUCAUAACCUUUUCUCUUGCCAAUGUAUGGAUGUUGUUAGGAGAAAAUUGAUGUUGAUCACUGUUGGGACUUAAAGGGUUAAUGACAAAGUCACAGCUUCAUGGCAAAUAAAUGUGUCCGUUAGAGAGAGAAUUCAAAGUCACAGGGAUGGGAUAUGAAGUCUGUCUGUACCUUCUUUGUCUUCGUUUUUUAUUUGUGGAGUCAUUUCCAUAUUUAUUUUAAAAAAGAAAUAACAUUCCUUAUUUUUGUAUUUUACUCAAUUGGAUGGUCAGUCCAUAACUGCUGAAUUUGUUUAAACUGCACUACAUUGAUAUUAGCUUGCAAUCAUGCUAUCUUUGUAUCUCUAAAAGACUUCUCAUAUGUGAUAAAAAUGCCUGAUUUUGGGUUAACCAGCAUUUUAACUUUUGAUGUAUCAGACAAAAUGUGCGCUUCUUUGUUUUGCUUUUUACAAGGCUGUCCAGUUCAUUAAAGGAGGACUUGGUAACUUGUAGAGUUUUCUGACAUGCAGAUUAUUUGAGGGAGUAACUCUUUUAAGACAAUUUGUGGAUGGGCAGUUUUAAUUUACUUAGUGGUGUAAAAUUUUGAAAAUGUGUGACGAAAUAUUUUAUACUUGGGUAACUGUUAAAAGAUAGGAAAUGGAACUGGCAAAAUGUAUUGCAGAUCUAUCUCAAUCCUUGACCUUAACUUACUAGAUUUUUUUGAGCAUGAAGUAUUGGUUUAAUAACCCUGCUGUUUUAAGCAUUCAUUGAAUUUUUGGAGAAAUCUUCUGAAAAUGCGCCUUCUUCUUCCAAGGGAGGCAGGCUAAUUUAAAGGGACACAGUCAGCUUUGGGACCGUGCUGACCUGGACACCAGUCCUGCAUAUUAUCUCAAUCUGAAAUCAAAUACGCAUUGAAUACAUGUACGUCUAGAAAUCUGCUUCAAUCGUCCCUAGUGUUUCAUUCGAUCUUUGAUAUUUUUGAUACUGAGAACCUGUUCCUUAGUAUUCCUUUACUCGUCCUAUAUUGAUUAAGAACAGUAUGAAUCGCGUGUUUUGUGAUAUGUAAAUCAGCUAAGAAAUGGUAUGUAAUGCUUAUAUCCAUGUUGGCCGUGUUGGUAAUCAAGAACAAAAGCAUUUCUCUCCGCUGGGAACUAAAUGCCAUUUUCAUGCAAAUUCUUCAAGAAAAAAUUCUAUUGUAUUGACCACCAAUAUGGCCGCCUUGUCACGUGGUUGCAAACCAAGAAUAGUUAACCAUAGUGUUUAAAAGUUAUUAUUUAGCCUGUAAGAAGAAGUGAGUAGCGUCAGUAAAGUUUGUAGAGCAGAUGAGAAUAAAAGACGUGUAGUGAUUAUAAAGCUGACGCUUUCGGGGAUUUUUUGGGAUUGGGUGUUUUAAUAUUAUUUCACAACACAUAACGAAGCUUUAAGUGAAGUCAAUCACGGUAAUAUUUAAAACGGAACAUAACUGUGUUAUAUUUGAAUAAAACACUGGUUGG